AGUUGGACUCUGAUCUUCUAUCUUGCCGGUAAUAUGUCUAGGAGUUCAACUGCAUCAGGCGGUCGGAAAUGGACGGCUUUAAAAAGAAAGACAAUGGUUACUUCCGCCUUAGGCAAUAAGCUAAGGAAAAAGCCGGGAACUCCUGAUAAAACUACUACACCUGGAACGGAAGCUAAUGCCGAAGAGGAAAAGAAAGUUAUUGUGAAUGAAGAAAUACUUCGUCUUGCAAUAAAACACGAAGAUCUCGUUAAGUUGAGGAAGGAAGAGAAGACUCCUGAGCCCACUCAACCACUCAGAGAAAUAUCAAUAAGAAGGGAGCGUCCUGAAAAAGAAUGGAAGAAACCACCUUCUAAGAGAAUUGCUGUUGCUAAGGAGGCACCGAAUGACGCUCCCCUUCGUCCUUAUAAUUUAAAAGACGGCGCCGGCCCUAGAUUUGAUCAUUUUGGGAGAAUAGUGCCCCAUAGUAUUCUUGGAGAUGCGUAUACGUAUCAAAGGAAUGCAAUUGAAACUGGCCAAUGGCCUAAUGGGGCUGUAAUUGAAUAUCCAGUACAAGAAAUGAAAGUUAAGAAUGAGAAGAAAAGGGAGAGAAAGAUAGCUUUUGAGGAAGAGGAACAUAAAGCCCUAGAAAAUUGGGAGAAAAAAAUGAGAGAAAGGAGAAGGCAACAAGGAUAUUUAUCUAAAUUACUUAACAAGAAACCGGAAAAUCUAGUAAUGAAUCAAGCUGAUGGAUAUAAAAAGACCCAAGAACGUAGGGAUAUUAUUGAUAAAGCUCUUCCUCUUGUUGAAGAUGGAAAAGGAUAUCGUUAUAAAAGCGAAUUUUGGAAUCAACACGAAUGGUUUGGUGGAGAGGAGACGGGAAUAUUUGCCGCCUUAUCGGAAUCCCAAAAAGGAAAUCACCAGCCGAUAGAAAAGGUUGGAGUUCCUCGUACUGUAAUGAGAGAGAAGGGUAUAGAUCCUCUACUACCGCCUUCAACUCCUAGUUCAAAACCUUGGCAUCAAACUCAAUAUUUGAAAAAACGUCAAGAACAGUUGGCGGAACUAGUUCGAGAAAUCGAUCCAUAUGAUCCGCAAUUUCAAACUUUGGAAGUAAUUGGCUCUAAUAAGCCGGUUGAGAUCGAUAGACUAGAACUGAAAAGUAGGGAAACAACUUUUACUAGAUCCGAAAACCAAAUGGGCGAUAUAGGCGAUAUUUUGACCGACGAUCCUCUAGCGGGAAUACCAGAUAUCCCAGCACCUGUUCAAGGACCUUCUAUCGUUAUAGAAGGUAAACAGUUAGACUGGGAGGGAGAUAGUCACUCAAAGUCUGAUGAGACUGCAUUAGUGGCAAGAGUUGUCUUUGAAUGUAUUUCUGGAGAGAGGAAAACGGAAAUGUUCCAAGUAAAAAACAAUGGAUCAACAGCUAUUUACUACAAUUGGAACAAAAUUGAAAAAUCAAAUCCAUUUGAUCAAGUUAAUCGGAAGAUUCAAAGAUUUUAUUUUAAUACAAAUGGAGGAGUUAUUUUGCCAGGAGAUACCAAAAGAUUCCCUAUCGUAUUUAAAUCUAGCAAUUACGGUAUCUUCUCAGAGACUUGGCAGUUUCAUACCCAUCCUGUUGUGGCGUCAGGAGCAAGUAUUUUUGUAACUUUGAAAGGAGUCGCCCUUCAGGUUGACAAGUAUGAAAAAGAGAGAAAGGACUUAGAGAUUAUGCUUACGCACAAAGAAGCUGAAGAAACUGUUGGAAUGAUUUUAGAGAGUAUUUUAAAUGGAGUUAGAACACCAGAGAGGCCAGCGACGCCUAUAGACGCGUACUUGACUGAAGCAGAGGAGUUUAAAAGAAAGAAUCCGACGCUUCUCUACUCCAGUGAUACGAUUGAAAAAUUGAAAUUAAUUUACAAAUCUACGCUACCCCCAACCGAAACAGAAGAAGCACGUGUAGAAUAUGUUUUAGCCAUUCUGUUAAAAUUGCAGGCAAUACUGUCGAUACCAGAAGAGGAGGACAGGAAGCAGGAUAUUCUGAGCCAAUUUAAUCAGCAUGUUUUUGCUUUAUCUCUUAAACCUGUGACGCCAAUAAGCGAGUUGCUUUAUCAACAUGCAUAUUCUAUUAUUUGUGACAUGGUUGAUCGCAUAUCAUCGACUGUAUCUGGCGUAAGACACCAACUAGGGCUACCUGAUACAGACACAGGAGAUAGUGUUAGCCUUAACCCCUUACAACCUGAACUCGAAAUGGCAGACAGCCUAGUUUCACUAUCCUCAGAUGGUGAGGGUAAAAAACAAUCUGCGCCAUCUGGUGGAAAAAAAGGUGUCAAGGAGAAGCCAAGCAAAGGUGGUAAAGAGGUCGGUUGAUUGAUUUUAUAUACAAUAUUUGUAUAGUUUAUCAAUGAUAAUAGUCGAUUAUGAAAAGACUAAACUGCUCUUUUUUAUAUAGCCUCGAGCCCAAACAAGAGGAGCAGUAACCCCAAAAUCUAGGUCUGUCGACAAAAUAGCGUCCUCUACGGGUGGAACAAUUAUUUCCUCGCCAACUCCUCCCACCGCUGAUCCCUUGUUAGCCAUAAAAUACAAGGAAAGAGUAUACACUCAGGUUUGAAAAAAUAACUGUCUAACACGUUUUCAUAGCUUAUUUUGAUUCCGAAAUUAUAAGUAGAAAUAACAUUGAUUUUAUACAGGCCUACAUGGUUUUCUACGAAACGAUAGACCGCAUGACAGGAAUAUUCGAAGGAGUGUACGAAACAGAGAGCCAAUUAAACAGCAAUCAUUGCCUCUGAUCAGUAGAUUAUACUCUCCGUCCAAAGAUUUGAUUAUUUCCUCUAGCACACUAUAAUUUCUUUUCUUAAAUUACACAUCAUCUAUUUGAAUAAACAAAGAUAUAUUCUA